GCCAACUCCGGUCCCCUUCAGGUUGACCAAAACUUGCAGCAACCCAUGACUGCUUGAUUCCAACUCCGUCACUGGUGAAAAUUGUCAGUAACUGUCGAACCUGUUUGUCCACUCGCCCGGCCACCGCUUUUUUGUUUUUUUUGUUUUUUUUUUUUCCACCACCGGAGCGGAACUUGAAAAACCCGGAAGUGAGGUAUGCACUAGAUGGUGUACCUGAACCCACAACGAAACAGGUGAAACUCCACCGACGCCGCUGCACUCCCCCACGGCAGAAUAGUCGACACUAGCUGAGGAAGUAUUGACUCCCCUGGCUAUUGUUCAAGUGGAUAACAUUUUGGAUCUUUGUUUCCGUUUGGCUUUAUCGAAAAAAAGGACGCAACCAUCAUGAAGAUGUUUUCUGGUCGGUUGGUUUCGGUAUUCUUCUUGUUCGCGUCCGCAGCGACAGGUGUAAGUGGGUUUUCAGUUACCACUUCAAAUCCAAAUGUGCAAGUUAAAGAAAAUGAAGGGAUUGAUCUUACAUGCUCUUAUUCUGCGGACUUUGGUUCAAGUGCGAGAGUGGAGUGGAAGUUCAAGGACCUUUCAGGGUCACAGAAAUAUGUCUAUUAUGAUGGGAAACCAACAGGACCAUAUUCCAACCGUGUCACGAUAUAUGGCAGCAAUCUGAGAUUCAGCAAAGUGACCCGUAAGGAUAAUGGAGUGUAUGACUGUGAGGUGUCUGGUGUCAAUAGCCAAUUUGGGGAGGCCAGGGUGAAGCUCACAGUUCUUGUACCGCCAUCGCCACCCUUGUGUAGGAUCCCCACCUCAGUGACAACUGGCAAGAGUACCAUCCUGUCCUGCCAUGAUAGUGAUGGCUCACCCCCUCCCCAAUACAAGUGGUACCGAAAUGAUGUCCUCCUGCCACCUGAGCCCAGCAAGAUUUCUGGCUUCCAGAACAGUACCUAUAUGCUGAACUCUGCGAAUGGCAACCUGGAGUUUCCCUCUGUCAAAAAGAUAGAUACGGCUCAGUACUCCUGUGAGGCUUUCAACGUUGCCGGUCCUCCUCAGCGCUGUAGAGCUGUGAAAAUGGAAGUCCGCGACGUGAACACUGGAGGCAUUGUUGCUGGGGUAAUUGUGGCUUUGCUGUUGCUCGUCCUGCUUGCGCUGGGAAUUUGGUAUGCUCACAAGAAGGGAUACCUGCCUCGCAUGACUGAAAGGUGAGAAUACUUUUUUUCCAUUAGACACAAUGGAUUACAUCAGAUAGUCAAUUUCGAUACUAUCUAAAUUGAUGGGUAAUUUUUACCCCCAAGAGUAUGAAUGUAAAAUGAUAUUGUUUCUGAAAUGUCUCGCAGCAAGGAAAAAAAUGUGGUCUACCAGCCGCCUUCGGUAUAUGGUGGUGAGGAUGAUGCCGAGUUCAAGCAGAAGUCAUCGUUUGUGGUGUAGGCUGCAAGCACCCGUCCUUCCUGGUUUUAACUGAAUGUGUGCUUUUGCUGUUUUUACGUCAUGUAAUAUAUGCUAUAGUGCUUUUUCCUUUUUUUAAACUUUUUUUUUUUUUUGACAAACCUUCUGUAAAUAUAGCCUUUUUCAUUUGUGCUGUUUGUAAAAUCAGUCCUUAUUAGCGGUCUUUUAUGACCGCAAGCCUUUGUAAUAUUUUAGAUUAAACUUACAUUUUAAAUAUUGUACAAAUUCUUCCAGAAAAUUUACAUUCUCAAAAUCUGUUUUCCUGUGACUUGAGCUUAAGAACCUCAUUGAUUAAACGGUUUUAAACAGGGUAGAUUUACCGUACAUUUCCUGUGCUGUGAUUUUAUUUUCUGUUAAAAGCUCAGAAUUACCUGUGAACUACAAGAGAGUGUGUUAAUGGUGUGCUUUUAACCAUUUUUAAAAAAUAUAUAUAUUAAGCACCUUCUAAUCUUACAACAGCUAUGAUCUCUGUUCUUGAAGAUUGCUUUUACUGUCUGGUAGUGUAUACGGUACUCUAACAAUCGUGUGUACAGGGUUAAUAUGGGCAGAUGUUGGUAAAUACAUUAAGACUUUACACUUACUGAUAUUGAAUAUUUAUUUGGGGAACCAGUAUGUUUUCCAGUGUUUGCUAAAUGGAGCUGAUGAAUCAACAUAAUUAUGUAACUGCUUUAUUCUAAAUAAAACGUUUUUAAAUUAGUAAA